GUGGACCCAAAGCUGCAAAGAAAAAGAAGCGGCAUCUGCAGGAUCUCCUGCUAGGAGACGAAGAUUCCGGGAAGAGAAAUCCCAAAGCUUUUGCAGUUCAGUCUGCUGUGGGGGUGGCUCAAUCCUUUCACAGGACUCAGGAUUUGAAGACAAGAAAGCAUCAUAUGCCAGUGGUUGAUUGAACUCCACUAGAGCCCCUACCAAUAGUGGCAGUGGUGACGGGGCCUCCAUAGUUGGAGAGAGCACUUUGAUACAAUGCCUCAUUGGGAACUUCACCCGCAGAAGUUCACCGAGAUCAGAGGCCCUGUGACGAUCGUGUCAGGGUGCCAAGCUGUUCUGCCUUUCUGGAAUGCUGCAUGGAGAAUAUCAAAACCAAGAAAUCCAUAAUCUGGGCCGUUUUAUUACAGUUAUGAAGUUUAGGCUUCUCACAUGGCAAACUUCUCACCCUUAUAUCCUGGCAGACAGGAUGGAAGAUUUGACAAACCCAGAGGAUAUCUGAACAAACAUCAAAUGUGACCAGCAGGUGUCACUUUAUGGUUAUGUAAGAGGAGCACACUUGAAAAAUAAAAGCCAAAUUCAUAUGCCAGGGGUAGAAGAUUUUGCCAUGAGUGACAUCGGUUCCCCAGACCCUUGUGCUCUUCCUGAGCAACGAAAGAAGCGCUGUUUAAAUAAGAAGGAGCAGCUGGUUUAUGCGCCUCUUUCUGGAGUUGGGCGUGUGCUGUAUGACAAAGACGCUGUCUUUGUUGACCUUGGUGGCAGCCACGGUUUUCAGGCACAGGACAGCCCCGAGUUUGACCAGCCGCAGGGGUCAGUGUGUCCCUCUGAGUCUGACAUCUAUGAGGCAGCAGCUGGGGACGGGAUGGCAGGAGCGCCUAUGGCUGCUGCUGUGCAGCCUGCUGAGGUGACUGUUGAGGUUGGUGAGGACCUCCACAUGCACCACGUCCAUGACCGGGAGAUGCCUGAAGCUUUGGAGUUUAACCCUUCUGCCAAUCCAGAGGCAAGCACAAUAUUCCAUGGGAACUGUCAAACAGAUGCUUUGGAGUUUAACCCUCCUGCCAAUCCAGAGGCAAGCACAAUAUUCCAGAGGAACUCUCAAACAGAUGUUAUAGAAAUAAGAAGAAGCAACUGUACAAACCACGUAUCUACUGUGCGUUUCAGUCAACAAUACAGCUCAUGUUCAACAAUACUCCUUGAUGACAACACAGCCAGCCAGCCUUAUCUUACAAUGACAAUAAUAUCAGUGACCUUGGAGAUACAUCAUGAUAUCAUGCAAAGAGAUGCAGAUGGAUCUUUGAGCAUAUUUGGUGAACAGUUAUACUCAUUUACGGUGGAGUCUCUCUCUGUAGCCCAGGCUGGAGUGCAGUCAUGUGAUCUCGGCUCCCUGCAGGCUCUGCCUCCCAGGUCCCUGUUCAAGCAGAAACCUGAACCAAAUGAACAAGUUCAACAUCAUCAGUAAGAAGAACUAUCAGUGCCAUAACUCUGAUGGAAUGCACGGGGAAGGAUUCCACAUCAUUUUUGUACUGUAAUGGCCAAAAGUGCAUAACUUCAGUCCAGUCAUGGAAAUACAUCAGACAAACCCAAAUCGAGGAACAUUUGACAAAUACUGAUCAGUACUGGUUCAAAGUGUCACGGUUAGGAAAGAUAAGGAAAGACUGAGGGACUGUCACUGCAGUCCUACAAAAUGGCAAGAGACUAAGAAAUAACUAAAUACCCCGUGAUCCUGGGUGGAAUUUGGAACAGAAAAAGGACAUUAGUGGAAAACGUGGUGAAACUCCAAUAAGGUCUUUAAUUUA